AUGUCAACCCAGUCAGCGGAAAAGAUAGCAAGUAUCAUUAAUCGUAAUUUACAUUACUCCAAGGUCAUACACAUUCAACCACCACUUCUCAGUUUUGGAAUAGAAAAGAACAAAUCACUCGGAAGACGUGGCACUGUUAUUGUUUCAUGCGCCGAUCCUCGCAUUACUCCUGAGAAAUUCCUUGGUCUUGAAUUUGCCGAAGCAGCCAUUAUACGUAAUGCGGGAGGACGCGCUCGUCCUGCUCUAGCCAGCCUCCUCGCUCUUGACAGUCUUGGUAAUACAGGCACUAUUAUUGUGAUUCAUCAUACAGACUGCGGCAUGUCUCAUUACUCAGAAUCCGAGUUUCGUGAUAGAUCGAAAGCAAAGCAUCCUGAGAUUGAUCUCCAUGGAGAGGAAUUUGGUGCUAUAUUGGAUCCCGAGAAAACAGUAAAGGAGGAUGCGGAGUAUCUGACAUCAUUUGAGAGUUGA